CCACAAAUCUUAACUCCCACUUUUCUUAAACCAAAAAUUAAUUUUUCUUAAACACUGUUCUUAAAGACCAUGUCUGAAUCCCGUAUGCGUUUGCAUUUUUUCUCGCUAAUCUUGCUCUGUUCCCAUCCAAGCUUCGUCGCUACAGACUUCUAUUUUAAAAGUCGUAUUGUUGGUCUUGUUGCAUGUCGUCCCCAACAGAUUCAAGCUCUCACUGAUUUCAAGAACGAGUUUGAUACCCGCCACUGCAACCAAAGUGACCCCUUCAAUGGAGUCUGGUGUGACAACUCGACAGGCGCGAUGACAAAGCUACGACUCAGGGAUUGCCUCAGUGGAACUCUAAAUCCCAACAGUAGCCUCUUCACGUUGCAUCAUCUUCGUCACCUCGAACUCAGUGAAAACAACUUUGUCUCCUCUUCACUUCCUUCUGAGUUUGGAAAUCUCAACAGGUUAGAGGUCUUAUCUCUUCCCAACAAUGGCUUUGUCGGCCAAGUUCCUUCCUCAGUUAAUAACCUAAAACUUCUUUCCAUUUUAGACCUUUCCCAAAAUGAGCUCACCGGUAGUUUCCCACUUGUACGGAAUCUAACGAAGCUCUUGGCUUUAGACCUUUCUGAUAAUCAUCUCUCAAAAGCUUUGAAUCCCAACUCUAGCCUUUUUAAGUUGCACCACCUCCGUUACCUUAAUCUAGGCUACAACAACUUCAGUUCAUCACUCCCUUCUGAAUUUGGAAAUUUCAAUAGACUAGAGGCCUUGCUUCUUUCAUCUAAUGACUUUUCCGGCCAAGUUCCUCCCUCCAUGAUUAACCUAACCUCCUUAACCGAUUUGUACCUUGGCCGAAACAAGCUCACUGGUAGCUUCCCACUUGUACAAAACCUAACUAACCUCUCUACUCUAGAACUUUCCUACAAUCACUUCUCUGGAACAAUUCCCUUUUCUCUCAUCACCAUGCCUUUCUUAUCACAGCUUGAUCUGCGUGGAAACAAUCUCGCGGGCUCAAUGGAAGUUAUAAACUCUUCUUCCACCUUAUCUAGCCUCGAGUUCUUGUACCUUGGGGAUAACAACUUUGGAGAGAAUAUCUUAGAGCCUAUCUCAAAGCUCAUCAACCUCAAGCAGCUCGACCUUUCUUUCCUUAACACAAGCUACCCAAUUGACUUAACCCUCUUCUCCUCCCUAAAACAUUUGUUGUACGUCGACCUUUCGGGUAACAAUAUAUCUCCACCAAGUUUAAGUUCAAAUUCAGACAUCCCACCAAACUUGGAGAGGUUGUUCUUAUCAGGCUGCAACAUCAGCGGAUUUCCAAAUAUCUUGAAGAUCCUUGAGAACUUGGAGAUGUUAGACUUGUCCGAAAAUAGCAUCAAAGGAAAAAUCCCUGAGUGGUUAUGGAGCCUUCCUCGUCUGAGCACAGUCUCAUUUGCAAAUAAUUUGUUCAAUGGCUUCCAAGGUCCCACAGACGUUUUGGCAAAUUCAUCGCUGACGUGUCUAGAUAUAGAACGGAACUUUUUUGAAGGAGCAAUUCCUACUCUACCACUCUCUAUCAACAUCUUGGCUGCCUCGCGCAACAGAUUCACAGGAAAGAUACCUCAUUCAAUCUGCAACCAUAGUGCCCUCACGCAUUUGAUUCUACCACACAACAACCUCACUGGUCCUAUUCCUCCAUGCUUGAGUAACCUGAGGGCUGUGAUUUUGCGGAAGAACAACAUAGAAGGAAGUAUUCCUGACGAGUUCUACGAUGGUGCGCCUCUUCAGUCCCUUGACGUUGGCUACAACCAACUAACCGGAAAGCUACCAAGGUCUCUUGUAAAUUGCUCCUCUCUACAGUUUCUAAGCGUUGGCAACAACAAAAUCAAAGAUACGUUUCCUUUCUUGCUUAAGGCUUUACCGAACUUGCAAAUCCUUAUCCUCAGUUCAAACAAAUUUUAUGGUCCUAUAUCUCCUCCACCUCAUCAAGGUCCUCUCGGGUUCCCUGAGCUACGAAUACUUGAGAUAUCUGAUAAUAAGUUUACGGGGAGUUUGCCACCAAGUUAUUUUGUCAAUUGGAAAGCAUCAUCAGGCACAAUGAACCAAAAUGGGGGUCUAUAUAUGAUAUAUGAUCAGAUUAUUUACAGUAUGGUUCACAUCAGCUAUAUGAAUUAUAUAGAUUUGAAAUACAAAGGUCUUUCCAUGGAGCAAGAGUUGAUCCUUACUUCAUAUGCCACCAUUGAUUUUUCUGGAAACAGACUUGAAGGACAGAUUCCUGAAUCCAUUGGUCUCUUGAAAGCACUGAUUGCACUCAACUUAUCCAACAACGCCUUCACCGGACAUAUUCCUUUGUCUUUCUCCAGUCUGGGCAAGCUAGAGUCGCUAGACCUGUCAAGAAACCAACUCUCGGGGACUAUUCCUAAUGGAAUAGCGAGCCUCUCGUUUUUGGCCUACAUCAAUGUGUCUUACAACCAACUCAAAGGUGAAAUACCACAAGGAACACAGAUCACUGGGCAAGAUAGAUCCUCCUUUGAAGGGAAUUCUGGCCUUUGUGGUCUUCCUCUUGAACAAAGUUGUUACGGGACUAACGCACCACCAUCGCCACAACACCCAGAGGAAGAAAAAGAAGAAGAGGAAGAAGUGCUGAACUGGAGGGGUGCGGCAAUGGGGUAUGGGUUUGGAGUGUUGCUUGGACUGACAAUAGCACAAGUCAUUGCUUCAUACAAGCCGGAGUGGCUCAUCAAGAUAAUGUGCCAGUGAAAGCGCAGAAACGGUUUGGAUUAUUUUUGAGUCUGAAUGUGAUCUUUCCUUGUUUGUCAAGUAGCUUGUGUUAUUGUAUUGAAGUUUUUUCCUUGCGUUGGUUUUAUCUUUAUCUGAUACUUUUGUUUAAUUUCUUCUUCUAUCAAUUAAGUGUGGUGAAUUUUCUAUAGUCAAAUUCACAUGC